GAAAGAAACAGGAAAGUGAAUCAACUUGAUUGAAAGCUCUAAGAAGAUUCCCGUUUGUCCCUCUCUUUCUCUCUCUAAAUCUCACCUGCACUUUCCAUCUCUCUCUCUCUCCCCGUUUUUGAACGUGAGACUAUAAACAUAUUGAAUUCGUGGACUAGUUUAUAUUGUCCUCUUUCACACAUCUUCCUUCUCUUUAUCUACUCUUUUCCACACCAUUCCUUGUUAACCCCAUUUUCUUGAUUUCCUUUCAUCAUGGAGGAUGCUAGUGUAGCCAAAGACCGAACUAUUUCUGUGGCAUCUGCCUUUUCUGCUCAUCAACAGGUAUCACCAGCCGUUUGUUGAUCGGAUUUUACUUCAGUUGACCUAGCGACCUAGUGAUUCAGAUCCUUUUUCGCUGUUCAGGACAGGGACCAUAAAUUCCUAACUAGAGCAGUUGAAGAAGCUUAUAAAGGCGUUGAAUGCGGAGACGGAGGCCCAUUUGGUGCUGUCGUCGUUCAAAAUGAUGAAAUAAUCAUGAGCUGUCACAAUAUGGUUUUGAAGAACACCGAUCCCACAGCACAUGCAGAAGUUACAGCUGUGAGAGAGGCAUGUAAGAAGCUGAACCGAAUCGAGCUCUCGGAUUGCGAAAUAUACGCAUCCUGCGAGCCAUGUCCGAUGUGCUUUGGUGCCAUCCAUCUUUCAAGAGUCAAGAGGUUGGUUUAUGGAGCUGAAGCUGAAGCAGCCAUUGCAAUUGGGUUUGAUGAUUUCAUUGCUGAUGCACUAAGAGGCACUGGGUUCUAUCAGAAGGCUCACUUGGAGAUCAAAAAAGCUGAUGGUAGCGGUGCUGUCAUCGCAGAGCAAGUAUUCGAAAAGACAAAGGCCAAAUUUACCAUGUAUUGAUUUUAAUGCACAAUUUACUUGAAGAAAUUUCAGAGGACCGACUCUUGUGUGUUUAUUUAUUGUACGAAUAUUAUGCCAAUAUUAUAUCAUUAAUGAUAAAGAAACACAUUGUUUUUUGUUUUU